ACAAGAAUUUCUGUAGUUUUGAUAUCUUGGUGUCAUAUAUUUCCUAAAUUUCCUGACCACAUAGAGAAAAUCCACUUUUAUGGAUAUGUACGAUGAGGAAGUCGAGGUGAAGAACGGGCGUGAAGUGGAAACUCCACCAAAUUUGGACGUUAGCAACGCCAUUCACUUCAUCCAAAGUGACCUACAGAAGCUCUCAGACGGAGAAGAGUCCCUGGAAUUCCCACUGUCAAAGAUGGACGAGAAGAAGCUUGGAAAUGGAUCUGUGCAGAAAUUCCAACGUCCAGGAAGUGAGUCUUCUGGAGGCAGUGAUUCAGCCUCUGAGGAUCUCAACAAGAGAUUUGCCGAAGGUGACUUCAAUCCCAAAGACUACGAACACCUAGAAGUCCCGUCGGACAUCAAAGAGAUGUUUCAGUACAUCCUCAGGUACACUCCACAGAAAAUUGACAUUGAGUAUCGCUUGCAGCCCUUCAUUCCCGACUACAUCCCUGCCGUGGGAGACAUUGAUGCUUUUCUCAAGGUCCUUCCACCCAAAAGUCUCACAGGACGUGAUGACAUCACACCCUUCAUUGAUUCCCUGGGCCUCACAAUUCUCGAUGAACCCUGUGGACAGCAGAGUGAACCAGCACUCUUGCACAUGAAACUCCGUUCAGUAUCAACUGUGCCUCAUGUCCAGGAUCAUCCACCGGCAAUUUUAAAAUCUCCCAAAGAUAUCAAUCGCUGGAUUGCAGAGAUUCAAGCUCUGCACAACAAUCAACCCCAGCAGACGCUUCUCUACUACGAGAAAAAUCCCAUUAAUAUCGAUACCCUGAUGGCUGAAUGGCCACCGAUUCUCGAGAAGACAUUCAAUGAGCUGGGAUUUCCCUCUGUUGAUCUCGAUUGCUCUCUCUUGGAGUACAUCAACAUCGUGUGCAGCCUACUGGACAUCCCACUAAAAGGAAAGACCCAGGCAGACUACAUCUACGUCCUGCACACUCUCUUUAGUCUCUUUGCUGCCGUUAAACGUCCUUAAAGUCUUAUAGAAUUGAUUUAUUUAAUAAUUCAAACUAUUGAUUGUCUUAUUUUAUGUUACAAAUAGAAACUAAUAAAACUUUACUGUGUUAUCACACUUGCACAUUAAAAUUUUAAUAUGAUUCACAUUAAUUGUCGCUGGUGACAGUCCAAAUGUGUAAUUUGCGUGUUUGAAUCAUUUUCAUUCAAAAUUUGAUCUAUUUGUUGAUAAAAAGGUAGACUUGGCCCGCAAAAUUUGAUAUAAAUUGAUUUAUAGCAUUAAUGCGAAAAAUUAAUGCGAUUUUCGCUUUAAUUUUUUAAUGUGAAAAAUAUUUAUGCUUUAGGUAAAUUUAAACUUAUUUUUGCAGGCAAAGUCCACUUCUUUAUUAAUAAAUAGAAAAACCCCAAAUAUUAAGUGACUCAAAGACACAAAUUACAUAUUUGGAUGCUCAAAAGCGACAAUUAAUGUGAAUCACAUUAAAAUUUUAAUGUGCAAGUGUGAUAACGCCGUUAGAAAAAAA